AUGUCGGAACCUAUUCUUUACUCUUAUUGGAGAAGUUCUUGUUCAUGGAGAGUCCGGAUUGCACUAGAAUUGAAGAAAGUGCAAUACCAGCAGGUCCACAUCCAUCUACUGAACCAGGAACAGGUAAAGAGUUGGCUUCUCUAAAUUCUUUAUUGCUAGUCCGAAGAGAAGUAUCUCCAAAUUAACCCGGCUGGAAUGAUUCCUACCUUCGUACACGAUGGGAAUGUAAUCACAGAGUCGUUGGCCAUCCUCGAAUACCUCGACGAAGUUUUUGAGGGACCCAAACUUAUUUAUGGAAAUGCGGCCAAGAAAGCUUUGAUUCGAAGUCUGGCGCUAAUUGUAAGUACUGACGACGUACUUUGCUGAAUGAGGUUAUCUUUAGAUUAUAAGCAAUAUACAGCCUUUGCAAAACCCUCGGGUCACUGCUGUACACAGUAAUGACAAGGCGAAGAGAGAAGAAUUCGCGAGACAUUUCAUUGAUAGAGGCUUCGAAACCCUCGAGAAACGUCUUAAGGCAACUGCGGGAAAGUACAGUGUCGGCGAUGAGCUGAGUCUGGUAGAUGUGUGCAUCCCAUCUCAAGUAUAUUCGGCUAUCAGGUGGGUUAUUAGCACUAACUUCCGACCGAAGGGAGACUGAACCCCUCCUUUAUCCCCUCGGAAGGGAAUCUUCCUGACUAAACCCCCCAAAACAAAAUUCGGGUACCCCCGAUGACGGAACGGCCAAAAUGACAUAAUCUGGCCAAAUUGAAUUAUGGCCAUGGUGCAAAAAUAUGGCUAACAAGGAAAGUACCCCAAGUGCGACGCUCAGAUUUUGAUGAAACUUGGCACAAAUUUAGAAUAAUUUUUUCUAAAAAAUCUGCGAGAAUACUAGCUCGCGCUUUGCAGAAACAAUCGAGAUUUUUAGAUCGAAAGUCGGCGAAAAUUAAAGACUUUUUGCCGAAUUUCGGCACAAAAAGUUUCAUGCCUAUUUCUACCAUAGAGGGUAAUGUUUCCACAAAAAAUUAACCUUUUCCGCACGAAACUAGCAAAGCAAUGGCCAAAAAGUGGUUUUCUCUCUGACCGCUCUCCGCGUUUAGCGUACUCUCUCGGUCGCAAAGAUCGUUGAAUAUCUCGGCUUCGCCUUCAAAGCGCGAGCUAAAACUUUGAGGAAUUGAUACUUAGUCUAUGCCCGAAGCGUGUGCAAAAUUUUAAAAAAAUCCGAGCGUCGCACUUGCGGUACUUCCCCUGUAAAUUGUAAAAAAAUUUGGCCAAAUCGGAAAAAAUUUUUACAACCGUGAAAAAUGGAAACAGGCCAUUACGGGGUGGGAUCUUACGGGGCGCCCCUACGGGGUUAGAACGUAAUGGGUCGGCCUUACGAAGUCAAAGCAAAUUCUGGGGUUGCUGGGUUCUGGAGCAUAAAUAAUUUUAUAUUUUUUCAACUACUGACUACUUUUGAUGACGUAAUAUUGUAAAAUUUUUGAAAAAAAAUGUCGAUUCUGAGGUAGUUCGGCACGUUGAAUAUGUGCCAAUUACAGACUGGCUCUCAGUUAGCUGAUAACAGCGUCAGUUCCUUCAAGUAACGGGUUACUGCCCUUUCGGGAUGAGCCAUUUCGGGGUCAAGGCAAAUAAUGGGGUUUCCGGGUCCCGGAGCAUAAAUAGUCACAUUUUUUGGGGCUUCGGUAGUUCAACCCCCCACGAAAGGUAGUUCAAACAACCCACUGUUUUGCCCGUUUCACACCCCACAUAAUGAACAAAUUAGAAUAAUACAAAAAAUGUAAGUGGGGGUUUGAUCUACUACGUUGGGGGUUUGAUCUAAAACGUAGCGGGCUUGACCUAAAACGUAGGGGGCUUUUUCUAAAACGUAGGGGCUUCAUCUAAAACGUAAGGGGCUUGUGCUGGACCAUACAACUUGGAUUAAUUCUUUGAAAUAAAUUUUGGGGUUCCGAAUGGACGAGGGGGGUUGUACUGGGUCAUGGGGGGCUAAACUGGACUGGGGGGCUGUACUACCUUAGCCCCCAUUUUUUAAACUCCUGAUUAAUUUUAUGACGUAAUCUUGUAAAAUUUUUGAAAAAUAGAGAUGGUUGAAAAAAAUUUGCCUUGACCCCGAAAGAGAUCACCCCGAAAGGGCACGUUUCCUCAAAAAAAUUCACUUUAAUAUUUUUUUUUUUCACUUUGGCCAGAUUUUUUCAAUUUGGCCAAAUGCCAGUACUUUUUCAUUGUGGGGUCCAGUCAGGCAUUCCUUCAGACAUCUAAGGUAUAAGUGAAUACAAACAACUCUUACAGAUUUAACGUGGACAUGAGAAAGUUUCCAAUCAUCCAGAGAAUUAACGAGGAAUUGGGAAAACUUCCUGCAUUCAUUAAAGCGGACGAGAAACAUCAACCUGACACUCCGGCAGAGUUCAGAGCCGAAAUUGAAAAGUAA